AUGUUCAUCAAAGAAGACGAUAUAGACCUGGAAAGCAAGACCCCGGCCGAACGGGACGGCUACGAAGCCGAUGAUGACGACAUCACAGCCAUGACUAACUGUCAUGAUAUGUGCCCUGAGAUUACCACGGAAGACUACGAUGGAUUCGACGAUGAUGACUUCUUCGACUACGAAGGUAUUUUUACGGGAAGUGGAUACCUCAAUUUCAUCUCAAGUUUUCGUCCAUUUUUUUCUUUAUUUUCCCUUCCCUUCCCUCCCUUCCUUCCUUCCUUCCUUCCUUCCUUCCUUCCUUCCUUCCUUCCUUCCUUCCUUCCUUCCUUCCUUCCUUCCUUCCUUCCUUCCUUUUUGUUUGUGUCUGUCUGCCUUACUUUAUUUUUUCCUUCUUUCGUAUUUCUUUCGUUUCUUUUUCUCUUUUUUUCAUUUAUUUCUUCUUUCGUUGUUUUUUCUUUUCUUUCUUUCAUUUACUUAUUUUACAUUUCUUUUUGGAUUUUCUUUCUUUCAUUUCUUUGUUUUAUCUUUUCUUUUUUUUUAUUCCAUUUCCAUCUUCUUUCGUUUCUUUUUUCUUUUCUUUCAUUUCCUUUCGUUCUGUAUUUAUUUACUUCUUCCUUCUUCCUUUCUUUCUUUCUCCUUUUUCUUUCUUUCUUUUUUAAUUCUUUCUUUCUUCUUUUCUUCCUCCCUUUCUUUUUCCUUCUACCUCACAUUUUUCUUUCUUUCUUUCUUUCUUUCUUUCUUUCUUUCUUUCUUUCUUUCUUUCUUGCUUUCUUUCUUUCUUUCUUUGCUCCUUCCUUCCUUCUUUCUUUCUUUCUUUCUUUUUUCUUUCUUUGCUCCUUCUUUCUUUCUUUCUUUCUUUCUUUCUUUCUUUCUUUCUUUCUUUCUUUAUCUGCUCUACCCUUCCUGCCAUUCUUUCUUUCUUUCUUUCUUUCUUUCUUUCUUUCUUUCUUUCUUUCUUUCUUUCUUUCUUUCUCAAAGGUUUCUUUCUUUCUUUCUUGCCUUCCCUCCUUCCUUCGUUUCUUUCUUUCUUCGCGCUUUCCUUUAUUUCUAUUUCUUUCUACCCCCUAUCUUUCUUUCUUUCUUUCUUUCUUUCUUUCUUUCUUUCUUUCUUUCUUUCUUUCUUUCUGUAUUUGUCCUUCCUUCCUUUGA